AACAUUAUUCGAGUAAAGGACCUCAAGGUCGGUAAAACAGAUUACCUUCACAUUUUUUUCGCAAAAGUCAAAUUUUCAUCAAAGUUUUUGUCUACGUUAUUUAAUCGACGCUGGGUUGGGCCUAGUACACCAGAGCGACGAAAUUUGCUACUUCCAGGAAGUCCAGGGAAGUGCAAAAACAUCGAAAAUGGCACUAGCACGGAAAACUCAAUUUGUUAUCAAUUGCUCGCAAUCCGAUUACUACAUUCAUUGCAUUAUUAAUUCUGGAGUCAUCUUAGACGAAGACAUGGAGUUAAUUUUGACGUAUUUCGCAAGUGAUGAUCGUUACAGUCAGGAGAUUAAGUUAUCGGUUUUGCAAAAAAUAAUUGGUUGUGUCUCUUUGGCUGGAACGAUCUUUUUGGUGGAAAGAAAAUACCCCCUUUAUCUUUUGCCGAUUUCGGCCACACCAAUGUUUUUGAUGAUGCUUAAAACAAUGCGCCGCUCCAUUCAACAAAAAACACAACAACGUAACUUCGAGGUUUUUGUUGAAACGACUGGUAAGAUCGCGAAACUAAAUCGCGUGAUUUGUGAAUAUUUCAAGCACAGAAACGUGCCAAGUACUGAAACUUCCGAUAUUCUCAAUCCGUACACGACUGCAAUGAAGAAGUUGCUCGAAGUAGUUUUCAUGGAGGAAACCACUUUGUUAUACAAACUACGACUUUGCGUACGCGAAUUUGUCGGUUACGUGCCUUUCCUUAAAAAGGACUAUACCCAUGUGGACUAUAUUGAAAUACAUACCUUGACCAGCCUAAAGAUUCGCAAUAUUAAUGACUGUGUUAUUCAACUGAAACAACUCUGUGAUAUCUAUGUAUUACUAGCUUCCAAUUGCCUAACUUCGUUGUCGGUGGCUUUGAGCCCGCGAGUUUGGUCCAUAUAUAGAGUUGAUCUGGAGUAUAUCUUGGAGGUACUCAUUCCGAGAAUGAGAAAACUCUCUGAACAAUGUUACAGCGCUAUAAGCAAAAAAUUCGAUGAUUUAAAAUUCUAUAACUUGAACCGAGGCCAGGUCAAAAAGCGCAUGAUGAAGAUCAAACGCCAUAAUGGGCAGACAAAACUGUAUUUGGGGACUUGCGAUAUAAUGGUAUACAUUUCAGACAUCAUUGAGAAGUCUGAAAUAGUGUACAAAAAAUUGCAGGAGCACAAUCUCCAAACCAUGCACGAGCGCGAAGUUGUUGGAAAGUGCAUUGCGGAGCUCCGCACUCACGUUUUUGAAUACUACGAGGCUUUGGAUGUUUUGCAUAAACAUUACGAGAUAAAUCUCAACAAACCAAAACGCGAUCCGCAAUCAAAGCUCGUUGAGAUACCAGAGGAUGGCCCUAUUCCCUCAACCAGUCGCGGGAACGCUGCUGAUGCGAGCUUGAAUCCUGUUGAACCGGACAAAGACGAGGAAUUUGAGGCUUACGUUGGGGCCAAUGAUAAUAAUUCCGAUAGUAGCACCAGCCACAGUGCUUACGAUGAGCAGGAAAACCGCAGAUACGCCUCUCUGCUGAGCCAAGAACUGAAGUCCAAAUUGAUAACUCACGCCACUUUCAUGGCCGCAAGACAACGCAGAGGACUUAAGGACGAAGACCCUGAAGUGACUACUGAAGAGGUGCCUCCACGACUUUUCAGGGUGCCCGAACAUUUGCCACCGCUGCCUCCUCUCGCUCCUGUGCCACAAUUUCGUCCUGUUCCACUUGCAUUACCCAACGAUCAACCUGCCAGGCCUCUCGUUCCUCCCCCGCCCCCACCGCCGCUACCGCCAAUUGAUUUGGGCGAAUUUGAGGAGCCGCCCCCACAAGAGGGCGAUUACACUGUGAACCACUUCCUCGACUCUCUCAAAGCCGCAGCUCAGAGUCGCUCCAGCAGUGAGGAGGUCUUCCAAGAUUAAAUUUUGUUCGCAUGUUUUUAAAUUUUGUUAACGUUUGAUGUGUUCAGUUUAGUUUUUGUUCUUUGUUCAUUCUUUUGUACUUAAUUCGUUUGCGUUCAAAUAAAUGUUAAAAAAAUACAAAAAAAAAUAAAAAAGCGUUAGAAAACCCAA